UGAUUUCAAUUUUCCUAUAGAGCUAAGAGCCAUCGUCAACCAACAUGUCGACCUCAAACUUUGCCCCCGCGAUGGAGAAUCAAUGUGCUCAUUGCAAAGCCCCAGCCCAUAAGAAAUGCACUGGAUGUUCUUCUCCACUCGGCGAGGAGGCCGUUGCAACCAUCUAUUAUUGCAGCGAAAAUGUCAAGCGGAGCACUGGAAACUUCACAAACCAAGAAUCUUUUAUAUCGUGCUGGCGAGGCGCUUCAGGAAAUCUUCUACGCUUUUCGCCAAGAGAUGUUCAAUAACAAGAUUGCGAAAGUUGAGUAUAAGGAUGGGAAACUUUAUUUGGUUGAAGGCCGAUAUCCAGAUAUGAGAACCAAUUUGGAUGUGCUUCAUGAGUUUCCUUUCGAAUUGCUCCCCAGCAAAGAAGACAGGCAUGCUGUGCUUGCACAUAUGGCUUGUCAGGAUGCUGUUGCGUGGAUGCAAGAGGUGAUUGAGAUUUUCCUCAAAGGCGCCGCCCAGAAGAUUGAGGAACUGAAAGUUGAAUCGAAGAACCCAAAGAGAGAAGUUCUAAUAGUUGGCCUAGGUGGUGAGCAAGAUCAUGCCCACUAUGUGCACUCUAUUUUCAAGGUCACCCUCCAAAACUGUGGAGGUGUGUACUGUCUGGAUCUCUCGGGUGCUCAAUUUGGCUACUACAACCCCGUUACUCCUUGGUCUGAAUACGCUGUCACUCGGAUUUCCUCAAUCACGAGUUGCCAUCCUUCUGGGACCGACAAGGCUAUGUUGUUAUCAAGAAAGCAUGAUAAUAGUCUUCUUGAUUUCCUUCACCGGAUACUCGAAGGCUGUUCUCAUAGGACGCCAAUUGCAAUGGAAGCAUGGGAGUCGAAGUCUAUGGCAUUAUCGACAUUUCUGAGAUUGCCUCAAGGAUAAUUUGAAAAGGA